CUUCCUUUCAAUCCUGGCCUGAUAUUUCCACUCCACCGUCUCCAUCCCCUCACUAUGUGGAUACCAGCUGUGCUCCUAUGGAUGCUUAAUAUCUGCAGUUUGUGCUCAGGACAAGACUAUAUGGACUAUUACCAAGCUGGAGACAUGGGCACUGAGUCACCAAAACAAUCAGAUGAUCAGCCCAGUUUGGACACGGUGACGAGUAUGGAUCAGCUCCUACAGCUUCUCUACCCUGAAUACAGUUUGAUUCAGCAAUGCAUGAGGAGGAAACUGUUGCAGGACUCGUCUUCCUCCUCUUUUUCUUCCUCAUCAUUUCCAGCCUCUUCAGCAAGCCCAUUCAUCCACUCUACCAGUGACAAUGUGUGGGUUCAGAUGAGGGAGGAGGCUCUUUACAAAAUGGAUGCAAAUUUAGAAGUCAUCCUUGAGGAGAUCCAGCGAACCUCGUGCCAGCCAAGAGAGGUGUGUGUUGAAGUUGCCAAAGAAUACCCAGAAUCCACCAGUCAGCUAUACCUCCCUCGCUGUGUGGCACUGCAUCGCUGUGGUGGAUGCUGCGGCAGCGAGGCGUUUUACUGCACCAAUACAAGCUACAGGCUCGUCAACAAGACACUGAUGGAACUGUCUCCGCCCAGGAUGGAUCGCACAGUCGUCAUGGUUACGUUCAUCAACCACACUUCGUGCGAAUGCCUCUCCAAGCGGCCGCUUCACUCCAUCAUAAGGCGAGCCGCGGCAGAUCACCUGUGUUCCCCCCCUGAACUCCCCUGUGCCUCGGGGUCUUUAUGGGAUCCAGUGAACUGCGUGUGCGUCUCUGCAGACACCAUCAACUACUCUCAGAGAGAAACAGAGGCUCUGGAUUCAGGUCUGCUUGCUCUGUGUGGGCCCAACAGGGUUCUGGAGGAAUCCACCUGUGAGUGUGUCUGCCAAAACGGUCUCACAGAAGCCAGCUGUGAUCCAGGCUGGAAACUGGACCAAAAGAGCUGCGAGUGCCAGUGUGAAGGUCAAGGCGAGGGGAAGUCGUGUCCCACUGGCCAGCGGUGGGACGAUGAGCUGUGCGGUUGUGUGUGCGCAGUCGAAUGUCCAAGAAGUCAGCCCCUGAACCCUGACACAUGCCUGUGUCAGUGCAGGGAGAGUCCACAGACCUGUCUGCGGCAGGGCAAAAGGUUCAACACAAACACCUGCAGUUGUUUCAGGCUUCCGUGCAGAAAGCCCAGACGAGUGUGCCAGAAUGGAUUUUACUACAGCUACCAGGUCUGUCAGUGCAUCCCCAACUACAUGAAGUGGAAUUAAGGAGCGGGAAAACCAGCGAGGGGACAAGACGCUGCCAUGCUUUGAC